UGCGCCGCACUUCCCAGCUCUGCGUGAAUCUCUACAUUUCCGUCUCUCUCUAUAAAUAGCAUAUACACCAACUCACACUUCAGAUUUCAUUUGCAACCAAAGCCCAUCUUUCUCCACUUCAACUUCUUCAUCACCUACUCUUCUUCCUAUCACCACCACACACACAGGUAUAUGCUCUCUCCGUUUUUCCUUUGUUCUCAUCGAUUUCUUCGAAAUUUGUCUACAUUUCCUUUGGCCCUGUAUGCUAUUCCUCUGUUUCUGAUCUGAGGAUGCUCACCUAUCCUUGAUUCUUGAUGUAUCUUGCUUUUCUCUUGCACUGCGACUGGUUUUUUCCUUUACUGUUUUGGUGCCGAGAAAACUUGUAAGAUAGCAAGUUUGAAUCUCUUCGAUCGUGUUUUUCACUCAGUACCCCUUUUUUUUCCUCUUCUGCAACGAAAGCUAUCUUAAAAUGCAUGAUUAAGGAAAUUUGUAUUUGCAGUAAUCCAUGGCCCCAGUAGCAGCAGCAGAGAUAAAGCCCAGAGAUGUUUGCAUUGUUGGUGUUGCCCGCACACCAUUGGGUGGAUUUCUUGGUUUACUAUCUACUUUACCUGCCACCAAGCUGGGAUCUAUAGCUAUUGAAGCUGCUCUUAAAAGGGCCAAUGUUGAUCCAUCACUUGUACAAGAAGUUUUCUUUGGCAACGUUCUCAGUGCAAAUUUAGGGCAGGCUCCUGCUAGACAGGCUGCUUUAGGUGCGGGAAUUCCUAAUUCAGUGGUCUGCACCACUGUUAACAAAGUUUGUGCUUCAGGGAUGAAAGCAACUAUGCUUGCAGCCCAGAGUAUCCAGCUAGGAAUCAAUGAUGUUGUUGUUGCUGGAGGCAUGGAAAGCAUGUCUAAUGCACCUAAAUACCUGGCAGAAGCAAGGAAGGGAUCACGACUUGGACAUGAUUCAGUAGUUGAUGGAAUGCUGAAAGAUGGGUUGUGGGAUGUUUAUAAUGAUGUUGGCAUGGGAAGUUGUGCUGAAAUAUGUGCAGAUAAUCAUUCAAUAACAAGAGAGGAUCAGGAUAACUAUGCUAUUCACAGUUUUGAGCGUGGUAUUGCUGCCCAAGACAGUGGUGCCUUUGCAUGGGAAAUUGUUCCGGUUGAAGUUUCUGGGGGAAGGGGAAAACCUUCAACGAUUGUUGAUAAGGAUGAAGGCUUAGGGAAGUUUGACCCUGUAAAAUUGAGGAAACUCCGACCAAGUUUCAAAGAGAAUGGAGGCACAGUUACCGCUGGCAAUGCCUCUAGCAUAAGUGAUGGUGCUGCUGCUUUGGUUCUGGUGAGUGGAGAGACUGCUCUUAAGCUUGGUUUGCAAGUGAUUGCAAAGAUCACAGGAUACGCUGAUGCUGCUCAGGCACCAGAGUUAUUUACAACAGCUCCAGCACUGGCAGUACCUAAAGCUGUAUCAAAUGCGGGCUUGGAUGCUUCUCAAGUUGAUUACUAUGAAAUAAAUGAAGCCUUUGCUGUUGUAGCUCUUGCAAAUCAGAAACUGCUUGGACUUAAUCCAGAAAAGGUUAAUGUACAUGGUGGAGCGGUAUCCUUGGGUCAUCCACUAGGUUGCAGUGGCGCUCGUAUCUUGGUCUCACUUUUGGGGGUAUUGAGGCAAAAAAAUGGGAAAUAUGGUGUUGGUGGCGUUUGCAAUGGUGGAGGAGGUGCAUCCGCUCUUGUUGUAGAGCUUCUGUAGGCAUUUUGAUGUUUGGCUCAGCAUGAUGGUGGGAACUCUUGUGGACGAUAAAAUUUCCAUGGCUGUCAAAUUUCAAUGUUGUGCAAUUUUACUUAGUUUUCCAUUUUCAAUUUUUGCUUCCUUUUUUAAUAAACUAGAAGUGUAUUUAGCUUUGGAGAUAAAAUAUAUCCUCAAUGUUAUUCA